AUGGAGCGGACAGCAGGCAAGGAGCUCGCCUUGGCGCCGCUUCAGGACUGGGGCGAGGAGACUGAGGAGGGCGCGGUGUACAGCGUCUCCCUGCGGCGGCAGCGCAGUCAGCGCUUGAGCUUGGGGGAGAGGCCCGCGGGCGGCCAGGCUCCCAGGCCCACGGCCGAUGCUUUUCUCUAUUACCGCACGAGCAAGGUGCGAGCUCUGAGGGCGGCGCGGCUGGAGCGGCUGGUGCGCGAGCUGGUGUCUGGAGACCGCGAGCAGGAUCCGGGCUUCGUGCCCGCCUUCCUGGCCACGCACCGGGCUUUUGUGCCCACCGCCCGCGUACUGGGCCUUCUGCUACCGCCACCGCCGCCGCCGCUGCCGUCGGGGGUAGAGAUCAAGAAGGCGGAAGGACAAGAUCUGAACUUCAAUAAGAACCUGAGGGCUGUGGUAUGCGUGCUGGGCUCCUGGCUGCGGGACCACCCUCGGGACUUCUGUGACCCCCCUGCCCACUCUGACCUGGGCAGCAUCUGCACCUUUCUGAGCUGGGCAGCCCCAGGGGGAGCUGAGGCCAGGGAGGCAAAGAGGCUGCUGAGAGAUUUCCUGGAGGAGGCUGAGCAGAAGCAGGAAGAAGAGGAGCAGCCUGACCCGGCGGCAGGACCUCCUGCAUGUGCCCAGAACCCGGGCCCAGACUCCCCGGAGGGCUGCGUGGAAGAGGAGGAAGGAUUCCUGCAGGAAGGCCCCGAGCUACUGGAUUUCAGCGUGGACGAUGUGGCCGAGCAGUUGACCCUGAUGGAUGUGAAGCUCUUCUCACGUGUUCGGCCCUGCGAGUGCCUAGGCUCCGUGUGGUCGCAGCGGGACCGGCCCGGGGCCGCCGGCACCGCCCCGACGGUGCGCGCCACCGUGGCCCAGUUCAACUUGGUAACGGGCUGCGUGCUGGGUUCGGUGCUCGGGGUGCCAGGCCUGGCCGCCCAGCAGCGGGCGCAGCGGCUGGAGAAGUGGAUCCACAUUGCCCAGCGCUGCCGGGAACUGCGGAACUUCUCCUCCUUGCGCGCCAUCCUGUCUGCCCUGCAGUCUAACCCUAUUUACAGGCUCAAGCGCAGCUGGGGCGCCGUGAGCCGGGAGCCGUUAUCCACUUUCAGGAAACUUUCCCAGAUUUUCUCGGAUGAGAACAACCACCUCAGCAGCAGAGAGAUUCUUUCUCAGGAGGAGGCCACUGAGGGACCCCAAGAGGAAGACGCUCCCCCAGGAAGCCUGUCCUCCAAGCCGCCCCCAGGCCCUAUCCCCUACCUCGGUACCUUCCUCACGGACCUGGUUAUGUUGGACACGGCCCUGCCGGACACGCUGGAGGGGGACCUCAUCAACUUUGAGAAGAGGAGGAAGGAGUGGGAGAUCCUGGCCCACGUCCAGCAGCUGCAGAAACGCUGUCGCAGCUACCGCCUGAGCCCCUGCCUGCCUCUUCUGGCCGCCCUGCGUGCCCAGCGCCAGCUCAGCGAAGAGCAGAGUUAUCGUAUCUCCCGCGUCAUUGAGCCGCCAGCUGCCUCCUGCCCCAGUUCCCCACGUGUCCGGCGGCAUAUCAGCCUCACCAAGCGUCUCAGUGCGAAGCUGUCCCGAGAGAAAGGCUCAUCCCCAGGUGGGAGCCCUGGGGAUCCCUCGUCCCCCACCUCCAGUCUGUCCCCAAGCUCCCCCCCAUCCAGCCCUAGAACCAAGGAUCCUCCUCCUGGCAGUCCCCCAGCUUCACCAGGGCCCCGAGGCCCCAGCACCAAGCUGCCCCUGAGUCCAGACCUGCCAGGCCCCUGGGCCCUGGCCUUGCCCCUGAGCAGCCCUCACAUCCCCCUCCUGGGACAGCAGAGCUCAGAGGCCCGUGUCAUCCGCGUCAGCAUCGACAAUGACCAUGGGAACCUGUAUCGGAGCAUCUUGCUCACUAGUCAGGACAAGGCCCCCAGUGUGGUACAGCGAGCCUUGCAGAAGCACAAUGUGGUCCAGCCUUGGGCCCGCGACUACCAGCUCUUCCAGGUCCUUUCUGGGGACAGGGAGCUCCUGAUUCCUGACCAUGCUAAUGUCUUCUACGCAAUGAGUCCAGCUGCCCCUGGAGACUUCGUGCUGCGGCGGAAGGAGGGAGCUCAACACUCACCUUCUCUUUCCCUGACUUGA